AUGUUACCUAGAUCCGUCGGACGCACGCUCCCACUGGCGUCUCUAUGGCCAAUGGCGGCCCUUUCCGCCAAGUCUACCAUUUUCUUUCUAGCAUGUCGAAACUAUGCCAGUUUUGACGACUCUAAACUACGCCAAAUCAUCGAGACUUCCAACAUGGGCAUGGCUCACCAACUCGAGAAACAAAAACGGGAAAUCGACCUGGCUCAAAAACACACGGCCCGCUGGCUGAAAAUAGAACGCAACUACAAGCAUGCCCAGAGUACAACAGCCGAAAGGCUUCGCGCAGGCGCUCUAGGGUCGUCUCUUUCUGGAGUUACUACUCACUCUGUGAGUGAGACAGAAGCUGAAGGUGGAGAUGUUGUCAAGAAGCUCCGCAACAAAUUGUCAGAUUUACGUGCCACUCUUACAUCGGCAACACAGGCACUUAACGACUUAACGGGAUACACGAGGAUAGAGACUCUCAAAAUGACUGUAGAUGGGCUUGAGAACGAAUUGAGACAGGCCAAGUCAAACCUCAAAAUCGCCAAGGCAGAAUACACGGAGGCAAUUCAGAGACGGUCAGAUCUGCAAAAGGAAAUCAACGAGUUGCUUACGAGAAAACAUAACUGGACUCCAACGGAUUUAGAGAGGUUCACGGAGUUGUAUCGAAAUGACCACCAGAACCAGCAGGACGAGAGAGACGCCGAGAUCAAACUAGAAGAGACAGAGGUGGCUGUCGAUACUGUGCAAGUGAAGCUUACUCAGCUGAUUCUCACGCGGUACCACGAAGAGCAGAUUUGGUCGGAUAAGAUUCGUCAAGGUCUGACUUGGGGUACAUGGAUGCUUAUGGGAGUGAACGUCAUGCUUUUUGCCGUGGCCACAUUCUUAGUGGAGCCAUGGAAGAGGCGUCGACUUGUGGAUGCCUUCCAGCAUGAGGUUCAGCUGAAGUUGGAUGAAUUUUCCCUAGACAUUCGAAAUCUCUCUAAAGAAUUAGAGAAAUCCAGGGUGGAGCCGGUUGUUUCCUCGGUAGACGAGACAUUGGAGAUUUCUGAGGCGCCCCAGUUAAAUUCCUUAUUGGUUUCCGAACAGAGUUCGAGUGUUCCAGCAUUUUGCUUUGGUUUUUCUUCAAUCAAAUCAUGGAGUACAUUCCAAACUUGGGCAAAAAGGACGUUCUGGUCGCUCCGGGAUCCACAAACAAACAGUUUUAUUAUGGACAGAUUAGAUUUUGGCAUCUUCCUGGGACUUUUGGUUACAUUUGGAGGAACGAUGGGGGCAUUAUUGACUUAUCUUAUUGUGAAGUGA